GAAAUUUUACAAAAUUUAUGGCAGUGGUCCAAGACCUUUUGACCUGUCGCGGCUGAACUACAAAUCUACUUGCCAGAGGUUUGUUGAGAAAUACAAUGAACUGAAGGCAGAAGGAAAAAUUGAAGAGGAAAAAUUGUUUGAAGAAACAGGAAAAGCCCUUUUAGCCAGUGGGAUAAUUUUACAGAGAAGAGGAACAGAUAAAGUAGCACAGCAGGAUCGUCAGGGGGUGGAAACCAGGGAUUCUGCAUUGCACUUGCAGCUUCAGACUGUCCUGGAAGAGAUGCAGGAGAGGAAGAAAGAUCAGGAAGAGCAGACAUCAGAGUUGGCAGAAGCGCAGAAGGAAAAGCCCUUGCCCUCCUGA